AUGCAGCCUGACCCUGACCAGACUGGUUGUGCUCAAACCCCUGGAAACAGAUCUCACAUCAGUGUUAAUAGCUGUGAAGAUGCAGAGCUCCAAGCGAGUCCUGCGGUCCAAUGAAAUCUUCAUCCCCCAAAGUGGAACGUUAGACACAACAUUGGAGCUGUCCUUCUCACUACAGUAUCCCCACUUCUUAAAGAGAGACAGUAACAAGCUCCAGAUCAUGCUGCAGAGAAGAAAACGGUACAAGAACAGGCCGGUUCUGGGCUUCAAGACCCUGGCCGUGGGGCUGGUCAACAUGGCACAGGUACUACAGAGACCAAUGGACAGUGACUUGACCAUGUACAGCAAAGAGAGCAAGUCCCACGUCGCAGCGGUCAGGAUCGUCGCCAUGUCCAGUCAGCCAGUCGAUCACGAGGAAGGUGCAACAGGCGGGAGGAGAAAAGCCGAGUCCACCGGUGAACGUCGCUUCAGCCUGCUCACCCCCUCCGACUUGUACCAGCACUACAUGUUGCGGAAGUCGGGGGGAGACCUGGCCACUCCCGACGUCAGUAACUUCUGGGAGAACGGACCCACCAAUGACCCAAUAUCGGACGGGGACAAUGGUGAACCCGACAUGGACUCAGCGUUUACGCUAGACAGAUCGCCGGGCGAGGACAACGAGAGUGAUGAAGACGACGAGUUCUUCUCCUCGGACCAGGAGGGGAGCGACAGCGAGGGCAACAUCGGAGGAGCGCAGGACCUCCUUGACGAAGAUGCGGAAAAUAUCCGAGGCAAGAAAUCUGGUCGUAGAAAAGUGUGGCCUACCCUGAGUAGGCAAAGAAACUUCAAACAGAAGUUCAUUGCUCUGCUGAAGAAGUUCAAAGUCCCAGAUGAGGUGUUGGACUCGGAAGCAGACCAGUAUGCAGAACAGGAGGGCCACGCCCGUGACAUAGACGAGGAGCUGGACCUGUACAACAUCGAUGACCUGGACCUGAGUGACAGUGGGCAGGAGAUAGAUGACAACACCUCCAUCAUCUCAACACCCAAACCUAGUCUCAGACCCUUCUUCUCCCAAGGUGUGCACACCAUUUCUCAAGAAAUUCCUCAGACUCAGGUGAUGGACAUAAGUGAUGACGUUGGUCUGAGACCUGAGACAGAAGGCCUGCAGGACCCAUCAGGUGAUUUGGACACCCACUCUGACAUGGGGAGUCCAGCACGGGACAAGAAGAUAUCACAGAAGUCAUUGUCACCACAGGCUAAAGAGAGGCCGUCCAGUGCCAGUAGAGAACGCAGCAUCUCCAUGAGGGAGAGGAAAGUCACCUCCAAAGACAUGGCCAGGGAGAGAAGAAACAGUACAGGGCUACCCGAAGCACAGGGUGGAAGGAGAGACAUAAAUGCCAGGAAAUUUUCCUGUCCUCCACAGAACUUGUCCUCCUUGGGUGUGGUAAACGAGACAACAGAAGUCCGCAACAUCACAGACUCAAGAAAGAUGUCUGCCCCAACCCACCUGAUAUCUAAUGCUUCUCAGUAUGACAAGGUUCCACACAAGUCGCUGUACGACCAGUUGGCACACAUCAUCCCCUCAGACGAACACCUCCCUGACAGUGUGGUGCUGGUCAACACAGCAGAGUGGCAGGCACAGACCCAACUCCUAGCCCAGAAACUCCAAGAGCUGCACCACAGAGUGGUGUGUACAUCCUCACAGGCUGACGUCAAUGCCACCUUCUCAUUCCUGGUCGCCAAGAUACAGAAGUUUUGUAACUUCAACUCCCAGCAGCCCACUCCUAUCAGAGUGGUCCUGGUUGGUGGAGAGAGUUACGUCCACGCCAUCCUCAGGCCGUAUGUCGACCAGUUCUCACAGAAACCACCUGACUGGCAGAACCACAUCAAGUUCUACAUCGUUCCUCUAGGAGGCCAUGUCCUUGCUAGGUACCUUGCUUCAAUAGACAGCAAGUAUAAUGCCACCUUCAACGACCAGACAUGGAAAGAGGCCUUUGAUAAGCCUGACUCAUCAACACAACUAGACUACCAGGAUGUGAUAGGGAAGAUCAGUUCUUUUGUCCUGUCGGCUAAUGUGACCCACCAGCUGCCCAUUGCCGAGGCCAUGCUCACGUACAAGGCCAAGGUCACCGACGAGGAGUCCACACAGACCUUCAUACCAUUUGUUGGGGACGUGAGAGUUGGAAGCAGCGAGUCGGCAAACCUGUCCGUGUCGAUGGACAUGGACGAUGGGGUGUCGGGCUCCCCGCAGGUCUCAGCCAGCCUGAUGGCAACCCCCACCUCCGCCUCACAACAGGCCAUCAAAGACCUGAAGGAGACAGCAACGCCCCCUACCUCUACUUCAGGAAGUCCAGGCCAGUUGCCUCAAAGCGAGGGCACACAGGUACAGCCAGCUGAUGCCUCGUCAGGCGCGGUGCCCAAAGUUAAGGCACUGGCCAUGUACAUAAGCCCCUCCUCCCAGACAGAAGUCCUUGACCUUCAGAUUGACUACUGGCUGUCCAGUCCGCCCAGGGAAGGGGGGAAGGAGAAGGACAAGGACAAGAAGGAGAUGACCAAAGGGACGGUCAAGACAUCAGUCAGAUGGCUACAGGUUAACCGGCUGCCAGUGAGCGGGGACGUGUCGGGAUCCACUGGGACUCUCACCAUGGUGCUGGUCACCAAGGAGAAGAAACAGAAAAAAGCUUACCAGCUAACCACCCAUCAUCUUAAUGCAGUAAUGCGAAUAGGCAAGAAGGCUAAGGAUAAGGAGGCAGAGUCAAAGAGUCAAACCAUCGAGGCGGUCAACAGGUUGAUUUGUACGUCCAAGAGCCAGAGCAGCCCUCUAAAAGUAACCAUCGAUGGAUCUGAUUGGACGGGAGUGAAGUUUUUCCAGCUGUCUGCCCAAUGGCAGACGCACAUCAAGCACUUCCCUGUGGGCCUGUUUGGCCACACCGAGACAGCUUGUUAGUCAGACGGUCCCGACUUCAGCCCCAACGGAGUUCUGUCCAGCAAGGUGUCUCUCGGCUGCUGCUGCCAGCCUGUUCCUCUCCCUCCUCAACUCGUCAGCUGAUCGCCGGUUAUCGUGUUUAAACCUUCCGCUUUCUGCAUCACAUUGUGCCAGGCCUAUGCCGACAACACAACAACUGCCCUACACCAAGAAAGCCUUUCCUUUCCUAUUUUUUAUUAACAAAUUAAAAUAAAGUAACAUUUUUAUAACUCA